AUAAAAAUGCCUUAAAAAGAUACAGGGAAGAUAGUUCAUAGAUGACCUUAAAUGCCAGGUUAAGGAGUAGUACCCCUGUGAAGGACACAGGCAGCACCCUGAAAUUCCCCCUAUUCUUUUAACAUCCCCUGAAGUCAUGAUAGACCUUUAGCAGUAGUUUCUUCCAAUUUCCACAUGAUGCUCUAGCUUUGGUUCAUAUAGCAACCCUGAGGCUGCAGUAAUGUGUAUAAUGGCCUUCAUAGUAUCCAGGGAAUUUUACCAGUUCCCAGUUGUCUGCUGAUUUCCUCCAUUUCCUUGAAGUUUCCCUCAUGCUGCCUUAAAACUUGCAUUUGAACAUCCAAAGUGAUACUCAUAGCCACAAGUCCAGCAUAUAACUUGCACACCUCUUGCAGUCACCAUGGGUCAAACACAAAAUAAUCUAUAGAAAGGGAAACUAGCAGAGUAGACAAUAGACAGUGAAAAACCCACUCAACACAGGCAAGUACAAUAGAGUGCUCAUUGGCAGGGAACAUUUGUGGAGUGGUAUAUUAACGACACUUACUAAUUGUGUAGAGUAUUGUGUGUUGUUCUAACUCAUUGGCUGAGAGUAUAUUUUAGCACUCAGAGCAUGGGAAAAAUACACUCUAGUACAUGUAAGUAUAUAUCAGUUAGGAAAAUAUUUCUGAGAUAAAUAGCAUUAUAAUUAGCCUGCAUGGUGGCAUUAAAUGGAGUAUGUGUACAAUAGGCAAAAUUUCCAAGUAUGUAAGGUUUCCCUUUGCUACAUUUUUGGCUUUCUUUCAGGGCUGUUUUUUCACUCCCUAGUGUCCCUUUCAUCCACCCCUAAGAGCUUUUAAAAAAAUAAAAUAUCCCCCCUUUUUUUCAUGGUUUGCCUACCUCAUAUGGGACCUCUGAUCCAAAAUUGCUUCUCCUUUGCUGGAGUCUACACAUUUUUUUUUCAAUUUGAGUGAUCUAAUCCACAAUUGGAAAGAGAGAAAACUGAUUUGAUUAAGUUCUGCUUAAGUAUAAAUGGUUUAUUAAGUCAAUCUGAAAUACUGUCAUAUAUUCAAAGUCGUAACCUCUGUACCUACAUGAAGAAAACAACACAAAAACACGUGUGGAUUAGUUGAUGAGCAGUACCACGUAGGAUGUAUCCCUGCUUACUGCAGUAUUCUUACCUCGGGCGUUGGUGCAGCUGCCCCCUUGCGCUCUCUCCAUACUCAUGGGAGAUGUUGCAAGUAGAACACAGCAUGCUUUCCAUUGAGACAGGAUCUUAGAAGGAACCCCUCUCAGUGCUCUAGGAAGUCACUACUAUCUGGUUCGGGUUCGUGAUAUUUCCUAUCUCUGAUUUAAAACCUUAGAACUUUAGCACUUUGUAACAUUAUCUCCUGAUGGAUGUGUGCUAGAGAGUAACUCUUCUGUACUUAAGUGGAAAACCUUAGAUAUUAAACCUUUCAGGGUUUGAAAAAUUUGUCCAUACAAAAAAUUGUAUCCAAAUAAAUCAUUUUAUUUUUAUUUUUUAUUUUUAUCUUUUUUGUUUUGUUUUUAAAGAACUCAUUUUAGAAAAUAUGUUCAUUUUAAGUUGCUGUCAUAGGGGUUGAUUUUUCCCCAGCAUGGUUCAGCUGUCGUGGAGUUAUGAAAAUGGUUGAUGAUUGGGUUUGGCCAGGGUUGGUGUUUUUCCAGACGAAUAUAAUGUAUGGUGUAGAAAAGCAUUCAGAAACUCUGCUAUGGACCCUCUACUGAGCUAUCUUUCUUCUAGGUCUUAUCACAAGUUUUAGUACCUCCUGGUUUGUGUCCUAAGUCAGCCACUGGCCGUACGUAAUACGUGCUCCUUCCCCAGAUAGACUUGCCUGGUUAUGCUCCCACCAACAUCACAGCCCUUCCCACUUUCAAGAAAGUAUGAACUUGGGCAGCAGCUUCCUUAACUUCUCUUUAUGCCUCAGUUAUUUCAUCUCUAGUAUGGAUAAUAGUACUUAUCUCAGUGUGGUAAGAAUUAACAAAUAAUUUCAUGUAACCACAGUGCUUAGAAUACAGUAUCUUAAAUGAUAUUGUUAGAAAUAUAUUUGAAAGAAAAAUUUAUUAAUAAAUGAGAAUUCAAAUAAAGGAUCUAAGGAUUCAGUGAAAGAAGCUAGAAAAAUAACUACAAAGUGAACUUACAGAAAGUCAGAGGAAGGAACUAAAUACAGAUUCCAAAAUCAGUGAAGGAGAAAACAGGAGGUGAGAUAAAAGGCAGAUAUACAACAUUCAGAAAGCAAAACACAAUAUAAUCAUAGAUAGGAAAGAGUUUCUAACAUCGUAACAACAGAAAUAUUUAUAGGUAAAGUGAUAUAAUGUCUGGGAUUUGCUUCAAAAUAAUUAAUUAUGGGAGUAGGGUGAAGUGAGUGUAUGCAGCUAGAUUGGCGGUGAGUUGGUCAUUGUUACAGCUGAGUGCUGGGGACAUGAGCGUUUCUUAUGCUAUUCUGUCUAGUUUUGGAUAUGCUUGAAAUUUUCCAUAAGUUUAAUUUUGAAAACAGAAUACUAAGUGUAACUAUAUACUAAUACAAAAGUCUUGCUGAAAUAUGUGCUUUUCUAGGAAAAUCUAGAUGGUAUCAUUUACAAAGGUAUAGAAAACUUAAUACACCAAUAGCAAGGGAGAAAUUUAAGCUAUUAAACUCUGUGCCUCCCAACUACGGUGCCUAUGAUUUCCUGGAGAAAUCUUUGAAAAUUUUAAGAAAUAGAUCAUUUAAAUUGUGGUUUUUAAAUUGUCCCAAAGCAUAGGAAAAAUUUGCAUUGCCUUCUAGUUUAUUUUGUAAAGUUAACAAGGCCCUAAAAAUGAAAAUUAACACACAAAAGGAAAUUGUGCCAAUUUAACUUAUGAGUAUAGAUGCAAAAAUCCUUUUAAAAAUUUACAAAUCAUGGGCUCCUGUAUGGCUCAGUCAGUUAAGCGUCUGACUUUGGCUCGGGUCAUGAUCUCAUGGUUUGUGAGUUCAAGCCCCACAGCAGGCUGGCUGCUAUCAGCACACAUCCUGCUUUGGAUCCUCUGUCCCCCUCACUCUCUGCUCCUCUCUCUCUCUCAAAAAUAAAUAAAACAUCAAAAAUAAAAUAAAAUAAAUUAUAAAUCAAAUACAUGUAUUAAAAUAAUGGAUUUUUCCCAGAAAUACAGACUGUAGGACAUUUGUUGAUCUGCAUUAUCAAAUCUUUAGGUCAAAGGAGAUACACUAAGUGAUUAUAUUAAUAGAUAAGACAUUUUAUAAAAUAGACUAUUCAUGCCUGUUUUAGUAAAGAGAAAGUCUGACCUUAACAUAAUAAAACACUGUCUAAAACCAAAUAUUGACAUCGUAUCUGAAUGAUUUAGGGAGUAUAUUCCCAAGUCAGGAUGUAGUAGUGUUUAUUAGUGCUUGCUUUACCGUCCAUAGACUGAGAAAUUGGGGUCUUGUUCUGUGAUGGGAAGCCAUUGAAGAAUUUGAGGCAGGGGCAUGACCCAGUCUGAUUUCUGUUUUAAGAUUAUUCUGGCUGUGGGACGCCUGAGUGGCUCAGUCAGUUAAGUGGUGGCUCUUGAUUUCAGCCCAGGUCAUGAUCUCGCAGUUCGUGAGUUCAAGCCCCACAUCAGGCUUUGCACUGACAGUGUGGAGCCUACUUGGGAUUCUCUGUCUCUCUGCCCUACCCACCCCCCUCAAAUAAAUAAAUAAAUAAAUAAAUAAAUAAAUACAUUUUAAAAGAUUAUUCUGGCUGUAUACUAAGCCUCAGUAUACAGUGUAUACUGUAGCAGAGUUGACAGAGAACAUAUGGCCUACAAAGUCAAAAAGCAUUUACCGUCCAGCCCUUUAUAGAAAAAAGGGAUACAUGCAUAUCGUAGGAUUCAAGUGUAUGCGUGUGUGUAUACAGAAAAAAAAGUGGAAAGAAAAGCACCAAAUAAAAUUGUGGUUUUUUUCUUUUGUUUUUCUCCUUCUUGUUCAUUAUUUAAGUUUUCUGUAAUGGACAUGCAUACUUUUUAUAAUAAAAUUUACUUUUUUAAAUAAUAAGGAAAACAUUAAAACCAGUAAGAUAAAAGAAUAAAGAAAAACUAGCCGAAAUUUUAAUAACAAAUUUAAGUAAAGUUAAAAGAGGCAGGAUAAACAUAAACAAUAAUAUCUAGUUUCAUGCACACAACCGCACAAGUAGUGUCCAUUUCAGAUUUCAGCAUAUGCUUCUUACUCAGGCAGGCUUUAUUUGAAUUCCUACUAUAUGCUCUUUGCUAUGGAGAUACAAAAGUAAGUAUGGUGCCUGUUCUGAAGAACAAUCUGGCAGGGGCAGUGGCAUGGACUUAAACAGUAAUCAGUGCCCUAAGCAGUGUACCAAAGGGCCUAAGAGCUUUCAUUUUUGGUUAGGAAAUAGCUAACAUCCAAAUGAAGCAGUUGCUCUGUGAUGAGUCGUAAUAUAAUUAUAAGGGAUUCUAAUCACCUGAACUAGUCUUGUAACUUUAUUUGUGGUACCUUGUGAUGUAGAGAAGUUUUUGAAUAUUAUAAUCAAAUCUGUAUCAAUAUUUUCCUUAUGGCUUCUCCAUUUCCCAAAUAACCAACUGUCCUAAUAUCUCCCUCCCUCAGAUGUAAAGUGUCAAGUUUAUCCUUUUACUCUUUUUCUCGCCCUGUUUAUCUUUUACAUAGCAGUACCACACUGUUUUAAUUAAGGUAUUAUUUCAACUCAGGAAAACUUAUUUUAGGUUUCGGUAUUUGCAAUACUGCUUCAUUUUCUUAGUGCUGAUAUUAAAAAGCACAGCACACAGCAAAAUGUGACUGUUAACCUGAGCAUCAGUAGUCAUUAAAGCCAAUUCAGACUAAUCCUUUAAAUUCCAAAAAGGUUAUUUGGUUGUUCCUUAAGUAUUACUUGAAUAAAGUUGAUGACUGCUGUAUAGAGACACUCCUAUUUUGUUUUGUACGUCUUAAUCAGUUGUGCAUUAACCAUGCUGUUUGUUUGCUGCUCCUUGGCAGUCUUAAGAGACACCUCAUGUUUAGACUGCAGUUUUAUGUUAGGUGGUUGUCCUAACCUUGCUGCCCUUUUGUAGCAUUGUAAUGAAACUUAAAUAAUUCCUUCUGGAGAUGGGCAGGUUCAUGUUCUGAUGGAAAAUCAAUCUUAAGUGCUUUCCUUAAGAUUGGUGAAAAAUUCAGGCAUGCAUUUUUAAUCAAGAGGACAGCACAAUCUCCUAGCAGAAUUCAGAAUUUUAUCUUGGACGUUUAUCUGGGUCCCAGUUGAUUCUAAAGAUUUUUCUGGUUUUGUUUUUUUGUUUUUUGGUUUGUUUUUUUUGGGGGGAGGGGGUUUAGAGAGCGCAUGCGAGCAAGAGAGAGAGGCAGAGGGAGACAGAGAGAAUCCCAAGUAGGCUCCAUGCUCAGCAUGGAGCCCAACACGGGGCUUGAUCCCACAACCCUGGGAUCAUGACCUGAGCUGAAAUCAAGAGUCGGAUACUCAACCGACUGAGCCACCCAGGCACCCCUCCCAGUUGAUUCUAAUGUAUUAUAUAGGAUAAUUUUUUAAAUUGAUCAAUUUUUUUAUUCUUUAACUUCGAUUAUGUCAUUUGUAAAAUAUUGCCAUAAAAAUGAAAUUUAGCAGCAACAUUUAUAGAACAUAGCUGCAAAAUUGUCAUCUGACAGGAAGAGCCAUAUGGCACCUGUAAGCACCCAAUGGACACUCUAAUGUUUGCUCAGUAAAGGAGUACUGAACUGAGCUCCCAUUAUAGAUAUAUCAUCAAGUAUGUGCCUGCCUUGACCAUGGUUCCUUCAUCCAGAAAACUAGCUGAUCAUUUUUGGGGUUUUCUAGAGACUCUUUGGGUUUUGAAAAUGCAGCUAUUUUAUUCAGUUCAUCUAGGUCAUGAUGUUUUUGUUGGUUCCACAUAGGUUAAUGUACAUCAGGUAGAGCAUUUUCCCACAGCUCUCGAUGUUUCUGCCCUUGAGUUUUGUUUAAAUGCCACUAUGUCAGUGAUCAUAUUCUGACUCUUGGCAUACUUACGAAAUAUUUUCCAAAAUAAAAAUACCUUAGAAAAACUUCUGGAAACUAUUAGAGGAUGAAAUGGAGUAAAGGAUUGUCUGGUAACUUGACCUCUCCUUUUCCAGUUUGGCUCAUUCAGUAAGUGUUCUUUUUGCUCACUAAUAACCCAGGGAUUAGACUUUUUUUUUUUAAUUUAGAUUUUAUCAACUAGGAUUUUUAGCCAUGGACCUAAAAGGCUUUAACCUGGCUGAUAAUUGAUGUCUAUAACCAAUGUGAAUUUAAAUGUAAUUUACUUUCAUUUAAAACUGAAAAAAUUUGUCCUUAUAUCACAAUCAAAAAGUUGCUUGCAAUCAACAAGUGGUCAUUUUCUUCCCAUAGUUAUGAAACAAUUCCUCACUGACAGAGAACACCCAUGACUUGUCUAUAUAUAACCUUAAAAUAGUCUUGAGACUACCCUUUGGAGUGUGUGUGUAAACAUUACAAAAGAUAAAAUUUCACAUGUGCAUCAAUGACUUUUAUGACUUUAAUAGUGCUGACUAGUUUCAUUUGCUUUUGAAGAGUCAUGUAGUUAAGAAAUACUAGAAUUUCUCAGGAUUUUGAAAUGAAAUAAUGUUCAUCUCACUGAUUGUGAAAAUUGUCUAGAUUGCUGGGAACCAGGAGUUAAGAACAUUUCAACAGGAUUUUGCUAUCAGCAAAUCUGUUUUGGUUUCCUGUUCUGGCCUCCCUACCUAUCAGCUACAUUAGUGCCCUCGCCAUUACGUUUCUCCUUUCUUUUACCACAGGAAAAUUGUCAGGCCUCUUUUUCUAGCAUUUCAGGACCCGCCUGACAGGAAAUUUUCUAAUUGCCGGAACAGCUGGUAGGAGAAAACUUUGCAGGGGCUUGGCCUUCCCUUUCUAACCUAAGUUUUACGGUCAGAAAUUCUUGUAUCACCAUCAUGGUUUCGUAGCCAUGUUUAAAUUUUUGUCUUUUCGUGUUCGCUCUAUACAGGAAGAAGGCAGUAUCAAAGAAAUUGCAAUCACACAUCAUGUAAAGGAAGGGCAUGAAAAGGCAGAUCCUUCCCAAUUUGAACUUUUAAAAGUAUUGGGACAGGGAUCAUUUGGAAAGGUUUUCUUAGUCAAAAAAAUCUCAGGCUCUGAUGCUAGACAGCUUUAUGCCAUGAAAGUAUUGAAGAAGGCCACCUUGAAAGUUCGAGACCGUGUUCGGACAAAAAUGGAGCGUGAUAUCUUGGUAGAAGUUAAUCAUCCUUUUAUUGUCAAGUUGCAUUAUGCUUUUCAAACUGAAGGGAAGUUGUAUCUUAUUUUGGAUUUUCUCAGGGGAGGAGAUUUGUUUACACGCUUAUCCAAAGAGGUGAUGUUCACAGAAGAAGAUGUCAAAUUCUACUUGGCCGAACUUGCACUUGCUUUAGACCAUCUACAUAGCCUGGGAAUAAUCUAUAGAGACUUAAAACCAGAAAACAUACUUCUUGAUGAAGAAGGUCACAUCAAGUUAACAGAUUUUGGCCUAAGUAAAGAGUCUAUUGACCAUGAAAAGAAGGCAUACUCUUUUUGUGGAACUGUGGAAUAUAUGGCUCCAGAAGUAGUUAAUCGUCGAGGUCAUACUCAGAGUGCAGACUGGUGGUCUUUUGGUGUGUUAAUGUUUGAAAUGCUCACUGGUACACUACCUUUCCAAGGAAAAGAUCGAAAAGAAACAAUGACUAUGAUUCUUAAAGCCAAACUUGGGAUGCCACAGUUUUUGAGUCCUGAAGCCCAGAGUCUUUUGCGAAUGCUUUUCAAACGAAAUCCUGCAAACAGAUUAGGUGCAGGACCAGAUGGAGUUGAGGAAAUUAAAAGACACUCAUUUUUCUCAACAAUAGACUGGAAUAAACUGUACAGAAGAGAAAUUCAUCCACCUUUUAAACCUGCAACUGGCAGACCUGAAGAUACGUUCUAUUUUGAUCCUGAGUUUACUGCAAAAACUCCCAAAGACUCACCUGGCAUUCCACCCAGUGCUAAUGCACAUCAGCUUUUUCGGGGGUUUAGUUUUGUUGCUAUCACCUCAGAUGAUGAAAGCCAAGCUAUGCAGACAGUUGGUGUGCAUUCAAUUGUGCAGCAGUUGCACAGAAACAGUAUUCAGUUUACUGAUGGAUAUGAAGUAAAAGAAGAUAUUGGCGUUGGCUCCUACUCUGUUUGCAAGAGAUGCAUACAUAAAGCUACAAACAUGGAGUUUGCAGUGAAGAUUAUUGAUAAAAGCAAGAGAGACCCAACAGAAGAAAUUGAAAUACUUCUUCGUUAUGGACAGCAUCCAAACAUCAUUACUCUAAAGGAUGUAUAUGAUGAUGGAAAAUACGUGUAUGUAGUGACAGAACUUAUGAAAGGGGGUGAAUUGCUGGAUAAAAUUCUUAGACAGAAAUUUUUCUCCGAAAGAGAGGCCAGUGCUGUCCUCUUUACUAUAACCAAAACUGUUGAAUAUCUUCACGCACAAGGGGUGGUUCACAGAGACUUGAAACCUAGCAACAUUCUUUACGUGGAUGAAUCUGGCAAUCCAGAAUCUAUUCGAAUUUGUGAUUUUGGCUUUGCCAAACAGCUAAGAGCAGAAAACGGUCUUCUCAUGACUCCUUGUUAUACUGCAAAUUUUGUUGCACCAGAGGUUUUAAAACGACAAGGCUAUGAUGCUGCUUGUGAUAUAUGGAGUCUUGGUGUCCUCCUCUAUACAAUGCUUACUGGUUACACUCCAUUUGCAAAUGGCCCUGAUGAUACACCAGAGGAAAUAUUGGCACGGAUAGGCAGCGGGAAAUUCUCACUCAGUGGUGGUUACUGGAAUUCUGUUUCAGACACAGCAAAGGACCUGGUGUCAAAGAUGCUUCAUGUGGACCCUCAUCAGAGACUGACGGCUGCCCUUGUGCUCAGGCAUCCUUGGAUUGUCCACUGGGACCAACUGCCGCAAUACCAACUAAAUAGACAGGACGCGCCCCAUCUAGUCAAGGGUGCCAUGGCAGCUACGUAUUCUGCUUUAAACCGUAAUCAGUCGCCAGUUUUGGAACCAGUAGGCCGUUCUACUCUUGCUCAGCGGAGAGGUAUUAAAAAAAUCACCUCCACAGCCCUGUGAAGUGACCUCAGUGAGAUAUUUGGUACCAUGGUGUAAGCUGAUAGCACAAGUUCUGGCGACAGGUAGCACAUAUCUGAGAGACACCUGCAAGCACACACUGUCCCAGCUGGUACCCAUAAUGCUGCUGCUCCUGCUGCUGCUCCUGCUUCCGUCUCUUCUCGCUUUAAAUGAUUGUUAGCAAGUUAGAUUUUCCUGGAGCUUCGGAUGAAAUGAAAAUGGAAACAUGAUGAAGACAUAUUCACUGAAUCAAUGAGAAUAAUGAACAUAUGAAUACCACCUAAAAAUACACUGAAUAAAGUACUCUACACCAUAUAGCAUUAUUUUUAUAGGAAAUAUUUCAUGUCCCUGAAAUAUUCUUUGUUAGUUAUAGGGAUGGACAGUUUAUGUUAAGCACUUAGCUUAAACAAUCCGUUUCUAUUAGCACUGUAUCCCUUGUGCCAUCCAACAUUUUGUAUGUUUUUGUAAACAGUUCAUAUACAGUACAUUUCUGUACUGCUUUCUUUAAUGUAUACAUGCUUUGUUUAACUUGGAAUCUAUUAUUAUUAAUCAAUUGACUAUUAAAUCUGGUUAAAUAGUUCACCUGGAUUAACAGUAUUGUUGGACAGCCCUAAAAAUGGCCAGAUUGUGGAACAGCUGUUGAAUGUAAUACUUCCAAAAUGUACAUAUCUUUCCCCAUGUCUGUUUCACUGGUUCGUUCAUUUGUUUGUUUCUUAAAGUCAGGUGCUUUGUCAGACUAACCUAGAGAGCUGUUAUGGUAGAGAAAGUUAUCACAUGUGUGUGGCAUGACAUCAAGAGUACAACUAUGAAGUUAGUCCAUAUACGUUGCAACUCCUUAGGGUUCUUUUUUCCUUAGUUGAGGAAGUAGUUCUUGCACUUUUAAUCUUGAAUAGUAUCCAUAUUUAGUAUUUGGCAUAUAAUUUGGGAUUUUGCCAGUAUACAUCAGGCCUUUAAGAGUUAUGGUGAAGAGAUUGGCAAAGGAAAAUUUAGCAACAGGUCAUUCAAGUCCCAUUGGAUCUUUCAUGUUUAAAUAGAUCAAGUUGCAGAAUUUCGCUUAUGAAUAACAGGAUACAUGUUCUUGUAUACCUGCAAGAAAAGUAUGCUUUUUUUGGAAAAAAAGGUAAAUCAUAAUGAGUUCUGUCCCAUUACAAUGCUCUAUAUUAAACACUAAUUUGAAUGUAAUAAAGGCCACCAGCCUCUAUAUGAAAUUGGAUUUAAACUUUCUUAUUCGAGGGAAUAAAACAUUCUUGAUCAAACAAUAUCUGUUCUCACCUGAAAUCAUAGCUAAGGUAGGCUAAGUGAAUGUUCACCAUUGAGUGUUUUCUCAAUUCCUUCUGAUGAUUUAUAGCCCUAUAAUUUUUCCUUUAACUUCAGAACUGAUCAGCUUUCAUAGUGGUCACUGGGUCUGCUUCGAUUACAGUAUUCAUUGUCUACAUCUAAUCUGGGUAGUUUUCACAGUUUCAUUUAAUUAAGGAAACUUUUGUAUCCAUUAUUACCUGUAUUUUGGUCAAGCUAUCUACCAUACAUCAAUUUAUAAUAUGAAAAACAUGAACAAAGAGAAAGUGAUUUAGCUUAGCCUUAUCAGAAAUGUACCCAACGGAUCAUAGUCAUGUACUAAGCCAUUUACAUCAGAAGUUUUUUUUUUCCUGCCUGAAGCUUUAAAUCUUCUCUUGAAAGUACAAAGCCAAGAAAGCAUACUUUAGUUAAAUGUCUUGGAAGCCACUUAUCAUUUCUUAAUUUCUCCUCUGUGCAACUAAAGAGAAAGGGAAAGUCUGUAACGUUAAUUUUGCUUAAGUGACCCAAAAUGAUUAUCACAUCGAAAUCAAAUGUAAGUUUAUCUUCUAAAUAAAAAACAUAUAGGAGGAAGGAUAUCAGAAGAUCUAGUAGGAGAAAGUGUUGUUUUUUUUUAAUUUUUGAGUAUACAAAUGCUAACUAUCAAAAGCUGCUUCCCAUUUCCUGGAAAGAAACCUUUUUUUUUCCUUUCUCUCUCUAUUCAGUAUUUCAAACUAUGACCAUCCCAAAUUCUUGUCACUUUUAAAAUGUUAAUGUAACUCUGGAAAGAAAAAAGAUACACUUGCAAAUUUUGGACACUGUUGCAAUUCCAUAAUUGCUUAGGUGUUUUGUCCAUCAUAAUCUUAGAACCAGAAGUAAAUGUGUAAACCCUUAUAAAUUAUCUAGUCCAGCUUUCUCAUGUUGCAUGUAAAGAACCUAAGACCCAAAGCAAAGACUUCUCGUUUGGUUUUUUACCCUCGUAACACCAUGCUGCCUUCCCUUCAUAUUAUCACCCAACCAGGAGCAGACUUGUUCAAAUCAUAUAUAUAUAGUUCUUAGGACAUAUACUCUACUGGUAUAUGAAUGCCAAAUUGAUUGCUCUCAAAGAUAUUGCCUUCUUUGCCUACUCCAGCUGCCAGUUUUAUUGGAGAAAAUCAAGUCAUAUGUUCACAAAAGUGAAGGCUUUUGCCUAAAAUGCAGUUCAUAACCUUAAUUUAUUUCAUCUGUGGUCCUGGGUUUCCUAUUGCCUUUGACUUAAAACAGGCAAGUUGGCCAACAAUUGUGCUCUAAAUGUAGCGCUUGCACCGGGUUUACCUUUUCAUUAAUUUCUGAGUCCACUUCUUCUGGGCCCUUCACCAGUUAGUUUUGCUGGUUACCAGGGCUUCUCCCAGAAAGGUUUAAGUUCAGUCUUAAAGAUAUUUCAGUGUGAAAGAAGGAACGAAACUAUCAGGCCACUUUUACAACCCCCCUCUUACCUUAUAAUCCAAAAUAAUACCUAGAAUUGAAGAUUGCAUUUAACUUUGCCAAGCACACGCUGAAAAAUAUGGAUUACACUACCAUGAGUUUUAUAUCUUCUCUUUCAAGUGAUGAUGUUAAAUUAAGGUAAGUUUUGUCCUUUUAAUUUUUUAUGUAACUCAUUUCAGCUCCUUCUAAUUUAUAGAGAUGCCUUUUUCUAAGUACAAUAGACCCUUCCUUAACUUUAACAGUUUUGAUGCGGAUUUGUUCAUUCACAUGCAACCCCAGAAAUCCAAAAAUGUAGUGAUUUUGCCAAUGCACAGAAUCAAGAUGCUGCAAGGUUAAUGUGUGGGAAAAGCCAUUUAGUGAGUGGUGUGAUGUGUAUGCAGUAGAGAUUCACAUUUCACAUGCCCGGGGCUGCAAAGUAUGGGUUUGAAUCAACCGUUUCUCACCUAAUUUUAAGAAGUCGUUGCUGUUGGGGCCAGGACACAUUAUGGGAGGUGGGGCUAGCCUGUUUGCUGUGCCCUGCACCCUCAGUACAGGAAAGACUUAUAAGGGGAGUGGGGUGCAACGGCUUCAUGAGUAGGCAGAAUGGGUUGGGUUGGAAAGGGGCUUGAGGGUUCCAGCCUGGGAUGAGAGCAGAAAAGCAUUCAAGAUUUGGGAGCCUUGGUACAGAUGUACUUAAUCACUAUGGAAGUCAGCAAUAUAUAUCUCAACAUGGCUUUGAAAUUCUCUACUUGCUGGCCUUUAUAAAUGAACAUUUUUCAGCUCGCUUUACCGUAUUUUAUAGAGAAAAUUCUCAUGUAGUAUCAAGUGUUUGUGAGAUUUAUGAAGGCAUUAGGACAGAUAUCUCAGGAAUGUGAAGGGUUAGAAAAGGUCUGUUUUCAGUGAUUAACAAAUGCAACGGGUUCCAUGGUUGACCCGUGGUGCUUAAACCAAGAGGUUCCAAUUCUAGUCCUAGAGUUCUGUCCCUCCAAAAGCUUCAACUCCUUAUGACUCACAAACUAGAUGUAUACUUUGAGUUUUAGUUAAUUCACAGAUAAGUUGACUUAACUCAGUAUUUAUAUUUCAAUUAGUGAAAAUAGUCCUCUCUUCACCUCCAGAUUGCUUAUAUCUUGCUGGUUUCCCCAAGUGACCAUUGGUGGAGACCAAUUAAUGAAGGAAUGAGAUUUGCUUUCUUGCGACUGUGGUAUUCUGCAGAGCCACGUUUAACCACUUUUUCUAGUGAAGAAUCUACAGAAUUAUAGUACCUAAAUAUGGAUGGCCAAGAAAAAUUUGUAUCUACAGUGUGCUUUAUGUACUUCUGACACUGCUGUAUUUUUUGUGGUCAGGUGACUUGUAACUGGUUCCAAUGUGACUGAGUGUUCUCAAAGAAUUCUGGUAAUUAAGUCGACUUAAUUUUCUUAAGCCUUGUAUUACUAUCAGUCUCACAUUUACCACUUUGAUUCUAGUCUUUUAACUGUUCAUAACAGGGCAUACCAAGGGUUGGGAUGAGAGUCUACUUCCUACCUCUUAAGGCACUUUCCUCAUUAUUUUGCCAUAUAACCUUGAAGUGCAUGAUAAGCUGUUUAAAUGUCCAUGACUUCUCUCAACGCAACUAGCAAAGUAUAUGACAUUGAAUAGAGAUUAGUGGAAAGGAAAAUUUAGAGACUAAAUUCAGAGAUGCAGACCUCAAGAAAACCUCUUGAGAGUAUGUACCAUUUGAAUACAAAAUAUGUAAACGUAUGUGAGAGGAGAAGUCUCUGUAAUAGUCUAAGUAGAUUAGUUCAUUAUCUAAUGGAAGUGAAAAUCUUUACUCCUAUUAUCACUAUAGUACUGAAUGAACUGUAUACUGAGUUUUUCAAACAAGUAUUUAAAGUAGAACUUUUAAAUACAAAGCAAGGGCAUAAGGAUAAAGGUUUUGGUUUAUGUUUCUCUAAGUGUAGUUUACCAUCUAAAGCUUUAUAUAUAUAUAUAUAUAUAUAUAUAUAUAUAUAUAUAUAUAUAUAUAUAUAUAUAUAGUUGCCAUUCCUUAGCAUCCUUAUUAAUUGUGGGUGAUGAGGUUUUAAUUCUUAAAAUUAUGUACAUGUAUUAGGUUUAUCUUAACUCUUACCCUGAGCAAAAGGGAAGGUAUACGCCUAAGGGUUGUAAUUAUUUUGCAUUUCUGGCCUUGGGUGGGAAUGGGGUGGGCAUCUACUUAAACAGUUUUUAAAAAGAAAAAAAAUCACAAGUAUUUUUCUACUAUUAUACAUGAUCUUACUUUAUACUAGUUUCUCUCUAGUGAGGCAUGCCAGAAGCCCAAGGUACCUUAUCAUGAGUUCCUAUGUGUUGUACCUUUUAUCGGUGGUCAAAUCACAUCAGAUGCUUGGCACCUGCUGCCAUAAUUAUGAAAUGCUUGUAAAGGAUUAAAUAUCACUGAAUACUUUAAAUUGUUUUACUUAAGAGUUUAAUCUGGGAAGUUUUCAAAUCAUACUAUUAAUGUGUAAUCUAAGCUCUUUCAGAUGUAUCCAUGAAUAAUCCUGGAACAAUAUUGCUUGUAUUCCUGUCACAGAACAGGUUUUGUAAUCUUUAAAAGAAAUGAAAAUUUAUAUAAUAAAGUUUCAAAUAAAUGCA